UGAAUCCGAUGGCGGCAAAUCCUCUAGCUGCAAACCCGCUAGCCCCAAGUCCUCUCGCGCCGAACAAUCCUCUAGCGGCAGCGAAUCCUCUAGCGGUAACUAGUAACGCGCUUAAUCCCAUAGCUGGCGCGAUGGGUGGAACGGCGUUUGGCACAUCAAAACUCGCGAAUGCUGGACCAGUGAAUGGAACCCAAGUCGUGCAGAUGAUGCAACAUCCGGUGGUAUCAUAUUGAAAUUUCGAAAAAACGGUGUUCGCAUUGCACCCCGUUUUUCUUCCUGUGUUGUCAAAACUGAAGACUUCAAGGCAUCAAGCCUUACAAGCACUCUUAGAUGCAAGAACUGUUAACACACUCAGAUGCAAGAAAUGUCGACGACGAAUCCUGGUAUGGCUCAAAUGCUCAUGAGCAACCCACCAUUGCUGGCGCAGUUAUUGCAGGAGCAUGAUGAAUUAUGGCUCACAAAAAUUCAUCUUCACAUAGCACUUGACUCAGUGACUAUCCUAUCUUGGAUGCUGUAACUUCUAUCCUAUGAACGCAGAACUUCAGGCGCUCUGAGCUCUAAAUGAAGCCGAGGAAAUAGAAGAAGACUUGAGUGCUUCAGUCAGCGGUCUUCCCUCAGCAGCACGCUCGUCAUCCAAAGGCAAGCUUGGAGUUUCGGGCGAAGAUGAUGGUCCUCCAGGGCGUUCUGGAGAAGGCGACGUGGAAAAACAACCAGCUGGGCCUCCCAGCUAUGCUGAAGAACUUUUGAAAAGGGAGAAGGAGAAACAGAAAGUAUGCAUGGGGUGAAUAUUUAUUUUUACUUUUUUACUCGAUGUAGUAUAAAAGAAGUAUAAGAGUUUCUAGACUGAUGUGUUUCUCUGUCAAGUAGUUAACAAGAACAUCGAUCUACUUCUAAGCACUUUAAUGAACUUAGAAUUGCUUCUUGAUGUUAUCGUCUUCAUAAUUUCGUAUCAAACCCUGAACCUUUAGUGCCUCUAAUCCCUCGUCAUAGUUUAACGCGUCGUG